UGAAAGGUUCGACGUGUUACCAAAAUGUAAACUACUACGACAAGUAAAUUCUAAAUAAGAGGCGUGUUUAAUGUAAAUAUCAUGAAUAAAGGCUCGCUAGCGGUUGUCUUGGGAAACCCUUAAUAAUUAAUGUCUCCACAACAAAUUGAAAAGUCUUUGACCCCCUGCCCUUGGUGCUCCGCUCCGUUUGGACAGAACUGUACAGAACACCGAGCAAGCUCUAAUGGAGGUCCAUGGCUCCAGAAUAUCAAAUGUGCCGUUUUGGAUCGGAAGUGGUGGUGACGGACCAGAUGACACGUAUGAAACUACUUUCCAGAAGCACUUUAAAUAUUUGGAGACCACCCUGCCAAAAAGGAAGACCCUUGCUCCUCCUGUCUCUCCAAACUUCCAUCACAGAGACCUGAAACGUAUCAGAGAACACCAGACAGAAACUUCAUCGUCCUUUCCUCCACAUCAACCAGUCCCUGUCAUUCAACCAAAGCAAACUCACGCAACCAUGCACAGCACCGAUUUCAAAGUACAUUCUGACAGCAAAAGUGAAACAUUUCGUACUACUACUACUGAGGACUUCCAGCACCUGCCCACAUCUGUAACCAAGACUGUUCUUCCCAUCACAUCAGUCUGGACAAAUCUACCAAAAGGCAAAUAUCCGCAACCCACUUACAGAUCAUGUUAUAUCAAGCAUGAAGUUCCCCCAGUCCUCAAAGCAAAGCCAAUGGAGAACACAGGUGUUGGGUCCACGCUUACCGAGGACAAAAAUAGCAAGUUUGUGAUUUCCAGUUAUAAUGAGCAGUUUCAGAACAGAUGGUGUCCUCCACUUCCACCUCUCCAGUCUGUUGAACAGCAUUCAUCCUUAGUGAUGGGAGACCAAGAAAAGAUAACUGAAAACCAAACAACUUACUCUUCUUCCUUCAGACAGUCAGGUGACCUCAGCCCUGCGAUACUGAAUGAACUUCUGCUUCCCAAGAUAAAGAAACCUCAACCUUUCAACCUCCGAGAACUUGCUGAUGAUGAAUGGAACACAACCACAUCUGAGCAAUUUCCUAUUCGUAAAUGUGAUCCUGUUCAUUUGGUGCGCAAAUACAAAAAUCUGAGCACUGUCUUUGAGGGGGAAACAUUUAACCAGGACAGAAUUACGACAACUAACCAGUCCUUCUUCCCAGAGAUAAGCCACAUGUCGUUUCCAGUGCAUGUUAAAGGAGCAAAUCUAAGGACUUUGAGCAAUGUCGAAUUUGGGAGACCCGGUCUGUCAGUAACAUUCUAUAGCACAACGUCACAUGAGCAGUUUUCUCCAAAAGAGAUCGUCCGACCCAGACCACACACCUACCCAUCCAGCCAUAUGCUGUUUGAACAAGAGCCGAAUCCAAUGCUUACAACCAUGCAAAGAGAUUUUGUGCCCCAGAACUGUAGGAGACAGCAACUCAGCCCUUGGCAGCUUCAGCGGGUUAAAGAGAGUCACAUCAGACCCCAGCUAAGCACCUGUGACUUCAGAACAACUCAUAAUGAAGUUUUUGUUCCCAAGCCUUAUUCCAAGGCAUCCCUGGACAAUCCACCUUUUCAACACAUCAGUCAUGUUUGUUUUUGACUUGU